AUGGAUUUGCUUGAAUAUCUACAAUGCGUCGUGUGUAGGGAGUUAAAGCCUAAUCCUCAAGAAACAAAAUGUUGUAACAAACUUUUCUGUUUAGAGUGUUUCCAAAGUUUGACAAACACAAGAGUUUGUUCAAUCUGCCAACAAGAAACUAGCUUCGUUGAAAACACCUUUGCAUCUCAAUUGAUCAACAUUAAGCUCAGCGAUGAUUCCAUGUUCGAAGAUGACUUCAAUAUUAUCAGAACAAAUUUACCACAAACGAUACUCAAUAGGGCCAGUAACUAUUUAUCGCGAAUGACCCCUAAUUCUGAUAGGAAUCGUUCCGAUCCUAAUGCUUUUUACAUCACAAUAUUAAACUUGGAAGAUAGAAGAAUCAAGAUCUUUGUUGAAAAAAGCGAUACAAUCAAAAUCAUCAAGUACAAGUUCGAACAAAAAGAUGGCACGGCUCCUGAACAUCAGCGGUUAAUUUUCCGGGGUAAACAAUUAGAAGACCAUUUAACCAUUUCACAUUACAAAAUCGAGACGGAUAGUGUUAUACAUUUUGUGAAACGUUAUAAUGGAUCGUAG